AUGGCUGACGACAACGCCACCUCGCAACCCCCCGUUGAUGAGACGCCCAUCUCUCGCCCGCCCGGCGAGCGCAAGAACUCGCUCGAGAACCACCUCCAACACCGUCCCAACCGCGCCGAACUGAUUGAGAAAAACAUCCUGCCCGCGUCCAAUGCCGCGCCCAGCUUGAUCGCCCACCAGAAGGAGCUCGAGAAGCACAUGCGCGCAGACUCGCUUAACGAUAAGAUCUCGCACCGCCCGGCUCCCGAGGAACUCAUCAAGGAGGGCGUGCUCAAGGAAGACCCGCGCAGCGCCGAGGACAAGUACGCCGAGGCCAUCGAGGACGAGUACGCCAAGCGCGAGGGGGGUGCGUAG